UACUUGAAUACUGACACCAGUAUUCUAAUGCUCAUUAGUAGUGUGACAUAAAGAGUAGAAAGAGUGAUAGUAUUCAAGAGUUCUGUUUGUUUGUAAUUUAAAUGUGACAGGGUUAUUAAGGGAAAAAUACUGAGUGAAAAUUAAGAUACAAAUAUUCGAUGUUGUCUUUUGAUGUAAAUAAUAUACAUGGAAAUAUAUAAUAGCAGCAUAGAUUGCAGAUAUAGUGGAAUGAGCUACGUAUAACUUGGCUAUCUGGCUAAAUAAAAAGCAUUCUCGAAUGAUUCACGAUUGACGAUUGAAACGAUUGAAGAGCAAGAAAAAUGGCUGAUGAAUUAAUACCAUCUACUUCAUUAGUACCUUUUACAAAAACUCUUUACGAUCUUAGUGUUUCUACAAUUGCAAGUAGCUUUGGACUUUAUAAAAAGUAUUUAACUUAUUUACCAGAGAAUAUACUCUUCGAUAUUUACUAUCAGCUGUACAAAGAUAAAAGACUAUGUCUCUUAGAUGCAGAAUUACGUGAUUUAGAGAUCUUUUCUAAAAUGCUAAGAAUUGGAAAUAGACGUAUUCACUUGUUACAAGCUUUUCAGGCUCUAAUGGAUCAUGGGACAAAAAUUGGCAACGCAUUAGCAAUCAAGUAUAACGUAUACUGCCUAGGAUUAAUCACUAAAUCACACUUUCAAGUGCAAACAAUAAUAAAUCUUGGUAUAAGACUGGGAAGUUUUCUGAGUGAUGCUGGAUGGUAUGCAGAAAGUACAAAAGUUUUAUUAGCCUGUAAACAAUUGUGUCUUUUUUAUAAUGAGACAGUAGAAAAUUGGGGUCGUACAUUAGACUGUUGUCACAAGUUAUUACAUGCUCAAGCAGCUUCAUGUGCAUUUAAAGCAGCCGCAGAAACUUAUGAAUUAGCUUUAGAAACGAUAAAGAAAUUGCAAGAUGCAGGUUACAGAGAUUAUAAUCAUGCGGCAUUAUAUGCUGAGUUCAGUGUAUUAUUUUUUCUGAGGAGCGAAUACGAUCAAGCAUACAAAUGGAGUCUAACGGCUUUACAAGAAUUAAAACCUACUCUAUCGCCACGCAUUACGGUUGAUGUAUUGCGUCAGGCAGCAAGAUCGUGUGUUAUAAAGAGGGAAUUUCAAAAAGCUGGUCUAUUAAUUCGACAGGCCGUGUACCUGGCACGAGAAGUAUUUGAUACAAAUCAUCCAAAAUACUGUGAUGUUCUUAUAGAUUACGGAUUUUACUUAUUGAAUUAUGAUAGCAUAAGCAACAGUGUUUCUGUCUAUAAGACUGCAUUAUCAAUAAGGAAAGAAAUAUUUGGAAGAACUAAUCUACAUGUUGCUAUAGCUCAUGAAGAAUUAGCAUAUGCUCUUUAUGUACAUGAAUAUAGUUCAGGUAGAUUUUCUCAAGCACGUGAACAGAUUGAAAGAGCCAUAGAAAUAAUGGAAAAGUUGCUACCAACGGAACAUUUGAUGUUAGCUAGUGCUAAAAGAGUAAAAGCACUCAUUUUAGAAGAAAUUGCUUUAGACAGUGAGCAUGACAAUGAAACAGAAGUGAUCAAAGAUUUAUUUCUACAAUCAGAAUCACUGCACUUAUCUGCCCUGCGCUUAGCACAAUCUGCCUUUGGAGAGAAGAAUGUGCAAACGGCCAAACAUUAUGGAAAUUUAGGCCGGCUGUAUCAAAGCAUGAGAAGAUACCGGGAAGCUGAACAGAUGCAUCUGAAGGCGAUCAGCAUCAAAGAAGAACUUCUAGGAUCGAAUGAUUAUGAAGUUGGAUUAAGUAUUGGUCACUUGGCUUCGCUUUACAACUUCCAUAUGAAUCGCUAUCGAGACGCAGAGCAACUCUAUCAUCGCAGUAUUGCUAUUAAUGUCAAAUUAUUUGGGAAGAGUUACAGCGGUUUAGGGUAUGAUUAUAGAGGUCUAUUACGUGUUUAUGAGAUGCUGCAUGAAUAUGAUAAACUAUCAGAAUAUCGAGAAGCUUUAAUUUUUUGGAAUGAAUUGCGAAAAGAAAAUGCUCAAUCUGAAGAUCCACCAAUUGAUCGACAUAAACGUCCAGAACCUAUUGAAAAUGUCAUUCAGGCAUUUUUUGCUAUGUAAUUUAAUAUCAAUUUCUAAGGCAUCAUAAGAAAUAUUUGUUUUGUUUGUAAACUUAUUAACAUGACACUUAUUUUUACAAAGAGGCAGUUAAUAGGUCGAUGCAAUAAAUAUUCUACCGCGUAAAAUACGUAAAUAAGAAUAAAUUAAAAUGAUUAAUAUUUGGAAUGAAGAGAAAAUUACGUAUAAAAUUGAUAAAAAAAAAUUAUUCUAAAGCUAUUUUUAAUCUUACAUUAACUUUUGAUCGUGAUAAAAAAAAUUUUUUGCAUUGACCAGAAGAAAAUCUGACCUCAGGUUAAUCCUCUGUCAAAUUAUAAAAUCAAAAUAAUGUAAUUUCACAUUUUAAUAUGUUUAAUCAAAUUUUAAAUUACACUACUGCAUAAAAAAUUGUAUAGAAAAAAUGAAUUUUAUC